CUAGUGAUGACUGUAUGAAGAGCUUUUAUUCUCGCAUUUCUUUUUAAGUGUUUUGUUUGUUUGCUGUUCUUCUCAAGUGUUCGCAGACAUGAAGUUCUACUGUAGUUACUUCAUGCUUCUGUGCAUGAUUUGCAACGUCAGCUGCACAACAACGAAGUACGUCACGUAUGAGGAAGACACACCUGGGACAGAGAUUGGAAACCUUUCUCAAGACCUGAAAAUUGACCCAGCGGAGGAUCCUGAGACAUCAUUCAAAUUUAUACAGAAGACAAACUCCAUCAUUCACAUGAGACAAGUUGACGGGCUUUUAACAGUGGGAGAAGUCAUCGACCGAGAGCAGCUUUGUCACCGAUCUCCACAGUGUCUUAUGACUUUUGACGUUGUCGCUUUUUCAAAGGAGAAGUUCCAGCUCAUUCAUGUCGAGAUCGAAGUAAAAGACAUUAACGAUCAUUCACCUCAGUUCACACGCAACGAGACGCAUUUGGAUAUAUCAGAAAACGCACCUUUGAACUCACGAUUUCCGCUGGACGUCGCUGUGGAUCGCGACGUCGGAGACAACUAUGUGCAAGGCUACCAUAUUUCACACACAAACCAUUUUGUUGUUGAAGUCAGCACUCGUGAGGAUGGAGAAAAGUCAGCUGAACUUGUUUUGAUCAAGACGCUUGACAGAGAAACCGAAGAGUUUUAUACCAUCGAGGUGAUGGCGACUGACGGCGGGACGCCGGCGAAAUCGGGCUCGACGACCGUUUACAUCCGAGUGCUGGACUUCAACGAUAACAGCCCGACGUUCGAACACAACAAGCUCAAAGUCGAGCUCAGUGAAGAUUCGCCCAUCGGCUCACGUGUGCUAAAAGUACACGCUUUCGAUCCCGACGCCGGGAUCAACGGAGAAGUCGUGUACGGCUUCGUUGAAGGCUCCCCAAGCGAAGUCACACGUGUUUUCCAGAUCAAUCUCAUCACAGGAGAAGUGACCCUCAAAGACUCCGUCGAUUAUGAGACCAAAAAGUCGUACGAGUUGCACAUCCAAGCCUCCGAUUUGGGCGCCAAUUCGGUAUCAUCCACCUGUCGCGCUAUUGUCGAAAUCGUCGAUGUGAACGAUAAUGCGCCGGAGAUUAGCAUCAAACCAAUGACUUCCACCAGCGACAGAGUCGCGUUCAUUACCGAAUCCGCAGCCGAAGAAAGUUUCGUAGCUCUUAUUAGCACCUCAGACGCAGAUUCGGGUCCCAACGGCUAUGUCCGGACCAGUUUAGAAGGACACGAGCAUUUUAAGCUGCAACAAGCAUACAGCGACACGUUUAUGAUCAUAACAACCACGACUUUGGACAGAGAAGCCAUUCCAGAAUACAACCUAACAGUGAUUUCUGAGGAUUUAGGAACUCCUCCGUUUAAAACCGUCAAACAUUAUACCAUUCGCAUCACAGAUGAGAACGAUAACGUGCCGAUGUUUAGCAAAGCCAUCUAUGAUGUCUCAGUAAUUGAAAACAACAUUCCCGGGUCGUACAUGACUACGGUGGUUGCGCGCGAUCUCGACGUUGGGAAAAACGGAAAAGUCUCCUACAGCCUAAUCGACAGCAAAACGCCAGACGGUUCGCCGAUUUCUACAUUUGUUUCCAUCGAUCCUCAUUCUGGCUCUUUGUACACGUUGAGAACGUUUAAUUUUGAGACUCUGAAAGAAGUCGAGUUUGCGGUCAAAGCCAGCGAUAAAGGUUUCCCGCCAUUAUCAAGCACGACUUUAAUUCAAAUCCGCGUCGUGGACGAAAACGACAACUUUCCAUAUUUCACAUAUCCGGUGUUACGAAACAAUUCCGCCGACGUCCCAAUUCCCUUUAACGCUCAAAGUGGCUAUUUAUCGUUAAGAUUGACGGCUCAAGAUGAAGACAGCGGCCUAAACAGCGAGCUCAGUUUCCAUAUUCUAGAAGACGAUGCCAAACUCUUUUCCGUUGGUAAAAACAGCGGCGAAAUCGUCUUGAAACGAAAACUCACCACGCAAUGUGGAGAAGUCCUGCAGAUUAAAGUUUCGGUUGUUGACAAUGGAAGAGAGCCGCUUUCUAGCACGGCAACCGUCCGGUUUGUGGUGACAGACACAGGUGCACAAGAGAACCAGGUGGUUAUUUUACUCCGAUCCAAGGAUGAAGAGACUCUGGAGUUUGAUGUGUGGACUGCAGUGAUUAUUGGUUUUGCUGGAUGCUGUGUGCUAUUGCUGGCUGCGAUUAUCAUCCUCACCGUGAUUUGCACCAUCAAACGAAGGCGAAGAAACUUUGGGAGAGAUGGUCUGUACGGAUCAACCCCGCUUUCCAAGAACAACCCUGGCGGUUCAAACAUUUAUGGAGGCCCUAAUGCCUUCCUCAGAAGCGAAGGCGAUUCAAUGCAACCUCUGUAUGAAGAUAAAAGCCUGGAUUUUGAGGAAAAGCUGUUCCUGCCCUGCAAACCUUUUGAGCAAACCUUUUUAUGGCAAGAUGAAAAAUACUGUUUGCAAAGGAGUGGCACCAGCAACACAGAUCAGCUGAGCGUGAAGGACAGCGGUAAAGGAGACAGUGAUUUCAAUGACAGCGACUCUGACAUCAGCGGAGCUGCUCAGAAAAGAGGCCUGACGACCUUCCAGCCGGUGGCCAGAGGUGCAUUCAACAGCGCAGGAGACUGGAAGAGCAAAGCUCACUUUACCCAGACCCGAAACAUGCACAUCCCGCCUGGCAGCGCCUACACCAUCGGAUUCGCACCGGCACCGCUUUACAACACCCACGUCACUCCUCGUUCCUGGAGAGACAGCCACAGUAAAACCAACAUGCUGAACGCACAGACUUUCUCCAGGACAGGAACGCUGCCGUCAUACUCGGCCCAUCACACGGGCGUCGAAGAGCAGAUUGUGACGGUCAAAGAUGCGUUUCUGGUUUCAGAUUCAUCUGAAGUUGCUACCACUUUUUAAAUAUCAGAUAAGAGUUCAGUCUUGUUCAUGGAAUCUGCUAUUUUAGCUGAUUAUGUGAGCGUGACGGACUAAGCAAAACUUUCCAGCAAUUUAGCAGUCAGUAUUUUUGAUACUUGCAACAAAUGGAAGUGUUUUUCCUUUCUUUUCUUAUUUUUUUAAUUCAGGAGAAUAUAUUGAAGAACAGC